GGGUUCGAGGCCGCGCUCGGCGCCGUUUGGCUCCGCUCGGCUCCGCUGCCCGCCCGCCAUGGCCCGGCGCAGCGCCCUCUCCAUCCGCAUCGUGGAGGGCAGGAACCUGCCCGCCAAGGACAUCACGGGGAGCAGUGACCCAUACUGCAUCGUGAAGAUUGACGAUGAGGCCAUCAUCAGGACUGCCACGGUGUGGAAGACGCUGUCCCCAUUCUGGGGGGAGGAAUACGAGGUGCAGCUCCAGCCUGGCUUCCACAGCAUCUCCAUCUAUGUCAUGGACGAGGAUGCACUCAGCCGUGAUGACAUCAUUGGGAAGGUCUGCAUCACCCGGGACAUGCUGGCAGAGCACCCCAAGGGAUACAGUGGCUGGAUGAGCCUCAGCGAGGUGGACCCUGAUGAGGAGGUGCAGGGGGAGAUCCACCUGCGGGUGGAGGUCCUGGGCAGCCAGGGCAGCCGGCGGCUGCGCUGCUCCGUGCUGGAGGCCAGGGAUUUGGCCAGGAAGGACCGGAAUGGUGCCUCCGACCCCUUUGUCCGCCUGCGCUACAAUGGGAAGACACAGGAGAGCACUGUGGUCAAGAAAUCCUGUUACCCUCGCUGGAAUGAGACCUUCGAGUUUGAGCUGGCUGAGCCCGCCAGGGAGAAGCUCUGUGUGGAGGUGUGGGACUGGGACCUCGUUGGCAGGAACGACUUCCUGGGCAAGGUGGUGUUCAGUGUGCAGGGGCUGGAGGCAGCCGGGCAGGAGGAGGGGUGGUUCAGGCUGUGGCCAGACAAGUCCAAGCCGACAGAGGAUGAGCGCCGGGGCAGCCUGGGCUCGCUGCAGCUGCAGGUGAAGCUUCGGGACGAGACUGUUCUUCCCUCCCACUGCUACCAGCCCUUGGUGCAGCUCCUGUGCCAGGAGGUGAAGUCAGGGCGCCAGGAUGGCCAAGUGCACCUGGUCACCCUCCUGGACGAAACCACCACGGCCGAGUGCCGGCAGGAGGUCGCCAUCAACUUGGUCAAACUCUUCCUGGGCCAGGGGCUGGUCAAGGAGUUCCUGGACCUGCUCUUUGAGCUGGAGCUGGCCAAGCCCUGUGAGCCCAACACUCUGUUCCGGAGCAACUCUCUGGCCUCAAAGUCGAUGGAGUCCUUCCUCAAGGUGACAGGGAUGCCUUACCUGCACUUUGUCCUGGGCCCCACCAUCGCCCGCGUGUUCGAGGAGAAGAAAUACGUGGAGCUGGACCCCGGCAAGGUGGAGAUCAAAGACGUCGGGUGCUCGGGGCUGCACCGGGUGCAGACGGAGAGCGAGGUGAUCGAGCAGGGCCGACAGCACCUCCAGUCUUACCUGGGCGAGCUCCUGGACGCCAUCGUCAGGUCGGCCCCAGCGUGUCCCCCCCUGAUCCGCGCCGCGUUCCGCCAGCUCUUCCAGCGCGUCGGGGAGCGCUUCCCGCAGCACCAGCACGCCAAAUUUGUGGCUGUCACCAGCUUCCUGUGCCUGCGCUUCUUCUCGCCGGCCGUGAUGACCCCCAAGCUGUUCCAGCUGCGGGCCACACACGCGGACGCGCGGACCAGCCGCACGCUGCUGCUGCUGGCCAAGGCCAUCCAGCUGGUCGGGAAUAUGGAGCCGGCGGCCGGGCGGGCCAAGGAGACGUGGCUGUCGCCGCUGCUGCCCGCCCUGCAGCAGGGCACCGCCCGCAUGAGGGACUUCAUCACCCGCCUGGUGGGCACGGAGGAGGACCAGGGCGAGGAGGAGGGUGAGGCGCGGCCCCCGCCGGCCGUGGUGAAGGAGGGGCUGCUCCUUGUGCACAAAACACGGGGCAAUGGGCCGCUGCUCGCUGCUGCCGCCGGUAAGAAACUCCAUUUCUGCCUCACCGGGGAGUCCCUGAGCUUCGGCAAGAGCCCCGGAGCGGAGCGUAUCGGUGCCAUCGCCCUGGGCGACAUCCUGGCGGCCGAGAAGGUGGAGGAGAAGAGCUUCGGCAGCUCCCACGUCAUGCAGGUGGUCUACCUGGCCACGGGCGGGCAGCAGGAGACGGCCUACCUGCAGUGCAAGUGUGUCAACGAGCUGAACCAGUGGCUGUCAGCCCUGCGCAAAGUGUGCGGCAACAACCCCCGAGUGCUCCGCUCCUACCACCCCGGCGUGUUCCGCGGGGACAAGUGGAGCUGCUGCCACCAGCGCGACAGGACAGGGCUGGGAUGCGACCGGACCCGGCACGGCGUCACCCUGCAGGACUGGAGUGACCCGCUGGACCCCACGGUGGAGGCUCAGCGCCUCUUCCAGCACCUGCAGGCCCUCCGGGACACCCUCAGGGACAAGUACUGGGAGCUGCUGGAGCCGGAGCACGCCCAGAACGGCCCGCGGGGUGAAGGUGGGUGCGGAGCUUUGGGUCCUGCUGGGGAUGCUCCGGCUGGGAGCUGUCCCCAGGGGUCACAGGGCCCUGUGGUGGUUCGAGGUAACCCCAGGGGGCUGUGGUGGCUCGGGUGGCGCCAGGGGAGCUGCGGGGUGUCACUGUCGCUCCGUGUCCCGCAGACGCUGCCCUGCCCGAGGGGCUGAGCCGGCUGUUCGCGGUGCUGGCGGAGCUGGAGC